AUUUAGUUCCUGAAAGUACAGUUGUCGUCUGUCCCUCAAAGAAUUUGUCAAAGGAGGUAAACAAAGAAAAUCAAAAGCCAGUUAGCAUGUCUGAUGAACACUUAGAGAUGGAGUCCCAGCUGAGUAUCUCUUCAGAUGAAAUAGAAGAAGGAGAAAUCGUAAGUAGUGAUGAAGAUGAAGAAAAAUCUAAACCAGAAAGAUGCUCUGAAAAGACAAAAAAGUCAAGACCAAAAGUUUCUCCUGACACACGAAAUUUGACCAGCAGUCCGCAGAAUCAAAAGAGCAAAACUGUGCGUUGCAAUGAAGAUAAUGGAAAAUUUGUUUCUGUGAAAGUAAGUACAAAGAAGAAUAGAGAGAGGCAUAAAAAUCAGACUUUCAGAUCUUCAAAGGAUAUGAAGAAAAAUAAAACUGUGAGCAUUGCUUGUCUUGAGAAAAUAGUUCAUGUUAUUGUUGAACCUUCAAAUGUACAAGAAAUCAUGCAGAUGCUAAGAGCUAUACGAAAGCAGAUGAGGAAAAAUUAUAUGAAGUUCAAGGUACACUUUCCAGUUCAGCACUUUCACAGAAUUAUAGAAUCUGGUAUCAUAAAUUUUACAUCGUUAAUAAAAAACUUGAGCUUUUCUAAGAUGUCUACAUUAGGUGAGACAUUAAAAUUGAAUAUCUGUGAUAUUAUAGAGUCCAAACUUAAGCAAGUUAAAAAGAAUGCAAUAGUGGACCGUCUUUUUGAGCAACAGGUAUCAGAUAUGAAAAAACAGUUAUGGAAAUUUGUAGAUGAACAGCUUGAUUACUUAUUUGAAAAGAUAAGGAGAAUUAUAAUAAAACUCUGUGAUGUAGUAAAUGUGGGAAAUGAGAGUGAGGAAAGGAAGUUUGAAAGAGCAGGAAAGCAAAAACACAAAAUCAGUCAUAAAAAUGAUAUGCAAAGAUCUAGAAAAAAGUCCCUGAAAGCCAGAUCUCAAAAGCCUGAAGAAUAUAUCCUUUCGAAGCAAAUUGUGGAUUAUCAACGACCUAAGUGUUACCAUGAGAAAAAUAAAACAGAUGCACCAAAAAUUGCCUUUACAAAAUGUCUUAACUCCAUUGAUAACACGAGGAAUUCCCAAACCAAACUGCACCUCUCCAAAGACAAUAAUUUGCAAGGCACUCUCACUCCAUUGAAGGGUGUAAAAUACGAAAAGGAAGGAUUCCAGCUAUCCAGAGAUGCUAACAAGUCUGAUCUUAGUUAUGAGCUUCUCACAGAACAACAAGCGUCCAGUCUUACGUUUAAUCUUGUAAGUGAUGCUCAAAUGGGUGAAAUUUUCAAAAGUUUAUUGCAAGGUUCGGAUCUCUUGGAAAAAAAUGGUGGCAAUAUCGACAGACAUGAGUGGGAAUUCAGGACACCGGAAAAACAGUUUUUAGACAGUCAUAAAUGCAGAGGUAAUACGGCUGGACUGGUGCAAGAGAUUGCUCCAAAGGAGGCUUGCAUGGAAUCUCGACCAGUAGGGGAUAUUAACUGGCCUAUUGUUUCACCUGUAAGAGCUCCUUCUUUAACAUCUAGGCUUCAGAUGUCUGUUGACCCAGACGUACUAGAUGAAAGCUGUAUGUUUGAGGUUCCUACAAAUGCCGCUUCAUGCAAAGAAGAUGAAUGCAGUUUACAAAAGAAUAAGCCAUUUGUUUCUUCUAUCCUCCUUGAAGAUUUGGCUGUUUCCUUAACUAUUCCAUCACCUUUGAAAUCAGAUGCUCACCUCAGCUUCCUAAAACCUGAGAAUAAUUCUAGCUCAACUCCCGAGGGUGUUCUCAGUGCACAUUACAGUGAAGAUGCACUUCUUGAAGAGGAGGAUGCCACUGAACAAGACAUUCAUUUGGCUUUAGAAUCUGAUAACUCAAGCAGUAAAUCAAGUUGUUCUUCAUCAUGGACAAGUCGUCCUGUUGCUCCUGGUUUUCAGUGUCGCCCCAGCCUACCAAUGCAAGCAGUAAUCAUGGAGAAAUCCAAUGAUCAUUUUAUUGUAAAGAUUAGGCGUGCAGUGCCAUCUACCUCACCAGCAGCUGAUCAAAUGGCUUCAGUGAAGGAAGCACGGGCAUCCUCAACCAAGAAUGAAAAAGAAGAAAUGAGAAGUGGGGAAAAAGAAAGGGAUAGUCAGAGUGCCCCAGCAGCCACUGUGCAGGAAACUGUCAAACCAGAGCUGGUUAAGACGGAUCAGUUGCCUCAUGUUAGCACUGAGCAAGGACAAAAUCCUGCCUUACCUCAGCCUCUAAAGGAGUCACAUAAUAGUAUUGGAAAGGAAGAAACUACUGUGUUGCUUGGACCCUGUAGAAAAUCUUCACACACACAGAGCCAUGACAUUGAAAGCCCAGAUGAAGGCUCUGAGCAAUCUCAGACACACAAAUUGAAAGUAUCUGAAAAAGUAAAUGAAAUGGGUGUUAGAUCUCAAGCUUCUUUUCCUGCUGGAUGCAGUGUAGAGUCAUACAUAGACUUAACAGAUGAUAUUGUUAGUGAAACUUCAUGUCUUGCAGUGGAAUCCACUGCAGAUAAGAGGACUUGUGAAACUUCUACAGCUAACUCAGAAAACAGUGAUAAAAAGGAAGAACUGGAAGAGUGCUCUGAUGCAUUUAUAGACUUGACGGAAGAGCUUUCCAAUGAGACUGCAGCACGUGAAUGUAAUCUUGAAACAAAAUCCACUUCGAACACUGCUGUAGGAUGUCAGAUAAGUAUAGAUGAUAAAACUAGUAAAAAAAGGAAAAAGGAGGCCGCUGUCAGAGAGAAUUCUAACUCAAAAAGACAACGAAAAGAAACUGAAUCAGCGGGUGAAGGGGGCGAUGCAAGUGAUGUGAAACCUGAAGAGGUAAAUUCAGCACUCAAACGAUGUUCUGGUAAGAAGAAUGAGUUGCCACAGAACAAAGACUCUUCUCCUUUGGCUUCGUCUGCAUCAUCACCUAGUCUGUAUGCCAAAAACAUCAUUAAAAAGAAGGGAGAAGUAGUAGUUUCCUGGACAAGAAAUGAUGACCGAGAAAUUUUACUGGAAUGCCAGAGAAAAGGACCAUCAAGCAAAACCUUUGUUUCCUUAGCCACUAAGCUGAACAAAAGCCCAAAUCAGGUUUCGGAAAGAUUCAAGCAGUUAAUGAAGCUGUUCAAGAAAUCCAAGUGCAAGUAA